GCAACACUUGGCUUCAGCCUGUGGAGCUCCGGCAGCACGAGCUUUGUGUUGACAGUGGGAAGUAACUGAUGACAGGGGCAGGCUACCCCUCUUCUCUGCUCUAUUUUCCACUCUUCAUGAGCUUGCAGUGGUCCUGCCAGCAGGGAAGGCCAGGACAAAGUCCCCAACUGUCAUCCCGUCCCCUCUAGCUCGGUCACGAGGAAGCACUGUGCUAGGCAUUGACAACGGACACUUGGCACUCCUGGAUUCAGCCCCAUCUCCCCUCUCCCCAGGUGCCAGCUCUCAGGUUUCAGCCUCCCAAAGUCUUGGCUGAGGGAUUCCUGGCACGAUUUUGAGACUUUCAAACAUACCAGGACUUGUAUAUGCAGUCUGCAUACACCCAGGAGGCAGAGCUGCAGGAGCAAGGUCCUCAUUUGAAGUGGAGGAUGGAGGGCAGGAAUAACACUGGCAGCGCUGUCUCCACAGACAGGAGAGCUGCAGUGUGCUUCACAGCUCCACGCAGGACCUUCUGCAUCAUCCUGUCCAUCACCUUGCUUUGUGCCAUUGGCAUCAGCAUCCUGGGGGUUCUCAUCUUCUCCCCCAGCUCUGCUGAGGCUGGCUCGCAGCUCAUCCGCCUGACACUUCAGGGCCAGCAGGACCUGCUGAGAAAUCAGACAGCUUUGGUGGACAAGUCCAGGAGCACCGUGACCUACUACAUCACCUCACAGAGCAACCACACUGCCGUGGUGCUGUACGACAGCAGGAACGGCUACGUGUGCUACAAGCCCAUGGAGCAGCAUGUGUGCUACCUGAAGAGGAUGGACUCCUGGGACCUCCAAGCCCUACAGACACCUCUCAACACAUCUGAGCAGAGAGCUGAUCAGCUGCUCCAUCUCAAUAACCAGACCAAGCACUACCAGGAGUUCCUGGAUGUUCUGGCAGGAGGAGAGGUGGAUCCCAGGGGCCUGGGGGAGGCUGUGCAGACCCUGUGUGAGCAGACACCCAUCUUCAGGGUCAGGAGAAGCGAGGGUCCAGGGAAGCAGCGCCUCAUCUACCUUUGCAUUGACAUCUGCUUUCCAAGCAACAUUUGUGUGUCUAUCUGCUUCUAUUACCUCCCGGAGUAAGUCCUGCAGCUGUGGAUUCCCUCUCUACAUACUUGAACUGGAUUCCUGAGACACCUCUGAUUCCAAGGAAGGUAACAGCUCCUCCAGUCCCCAGAGCUUCCUGAUCUCAUGCUGCUGGCAAGGACUGUUUAGAGAAUGACCAUAACUCUGCAGCUGACCAUGACAGACACUUUAUUUGCAGCUGUGCUCCGGGCUGCAUCAUGUUAUGUAGGUGUUAGGAGACCCAGGCCUAGAGGCAUGUUGUGGUGUAGCUUGUGUUACACGGCUACAAGCCCUGCUCAACACAAGGUUAUUACACUUGUUGGGAGGGGGUUGGCUUUGUACCAGUGCAGCUCUCCCAGCGAGCUGUGACAUUCACUUUGAAUAAAGGGAUGCAAGCCAAGGAAUCCGCUGCCUCUCCUCUGCUCAGCCUCUUCCAGC